CUACGCUGAAAGAACUCAUUUCCCAGACUAUGGUGCGCUGGUCCCAGGAAGACCAGAUUCAAGACCCAGAAUUAGUUCGGAUCAUGUACACCCUGCUCCGUAGGCAGUAUGACAGCAUUGGAGAGCUCCUGCAGGCUCUGAGGAAGGCCUACACUAUUAGUGCUGUCUCUGUGGAGGAUACCAUUAACCUGCUGGCAGCACUCGGACAGAUUCGCUCACUUCUCAGUGUCAGAAUGGGGAAAGAGGAGGAAUUGCUAAUGAUUAACGGAUUAGGGGAUAUAAUGAAUAACAAGGUGUUUUAUCAGCAUCCUAACUUAAUGAGAGUCUUAGGCAUGCAUGAAACUGUUAUGGAUGUGAUGGUAAAUGUGCUUGGAGGAGAUAAAUCUCAG